AUGAAAGUGAUCAUUGGAAGUGUGAUCGUGCUGUUCCUUGUCUGUAUCGAGAUUGAUUCUAAUGUAACCGGCUAUGGUUACGAAAUGAUAUCCAACCGUCUAGAUUCACUGCAAGGUAUUGAGUCGGAGCUACUCACCUAUACAAACGACACGGUACAGCAGUUAACAAAAAUGGUACACCUGCUGACCCGGCUUCAGAUAAAUCCGGGCAACACCAACGCGCCUUCUACACCGGGAUCGGUUGGAGCGACCUGUCGGGAAGUUCCGAGCCGCGUGUCCGGCAUCUAUCGUAUCGAUCCGGACCAUCCCUUCCACGAGCCGAUGACGGUGCUGUGCGAUCAGCAGUACGAAGGUGGUGGUUGGACCGUGAUCCAACAGCGUAUGGAUGGUUCGGUGAACUUCUUUCGUGACUGGAAAGACUAUAAGAAUGGUUUUGGUACACUGCACGGAGAGUUCUGGUUGGGAUUGGAUCAGAUCCAUCGAUUAACGAACGUAGCUCCGCACGAACUUGCCGUUCUGUUGGAAGAUUUUGACGGCGUGAAAGCGGCAGCACGGUAUCAAAAGUUUCGAAUUGGUGCAGAAACCCUCAAUUAUGCUAUACUGGAGCUGGGAGCUUGUAACCCUUGUGGGGCUGGUGAUGCGAUGCGUAUUCACCUGAACGAAAGCUUCUCAACGUACGAUCAUGAUAAGAGCAAGGCACCGUUCAACUGUGCCGCCGCGUUCAAAGGUGGCUGGUGGUUUUAUCGAUGCCAUCGGUGCCACCUGAAUGGAGAUUACCUUCGCGGCAAGCUAACCGAAGCCCAGGAUUCACACGGCCUCAUGUGGAUGGACUUCCGAGGUGAUAAGUAUUCCCUUAAGAAAACAACGAUGAUGAUUCGACCAAUAAAGUGA